AUGAGUGCUCAGGAAGAAGGCGCGGUCAAUGCCCCAAUCCGUCCCGGGACCCGGCAAGAACCAACGCGUAAAAUACGGGACGCUCGAGGAAACCUUGUCACGGAUAAAAGCGCGAAUCGACCUUUCCUUGCGUCGGUAUCAAUUGGGUAUCGAGAGUACAAGGUAAAGGAAGAGGAGAAGAUUCGUCUUACGGCGGAAAAGAUCCAGCGUCGGAAUGAGAAGAUUGCUAAGGGUCAGCCCCUCGGUCCAGAAGACGGAUUGGAACCAGAGCCCUCUGCAGCCAGCCUUAAUUUGGCCAAAAUAAUCCUCUUUCUGUUUGGUGCCUUCUUCUUUGCUGGGUGGUUCAUCACUGGUAGCGUAUUGUGGGAAUAUGAAGGCAAAUGGACCAAGUGGGAUACCUACUUCCCGCGACCACAAAAGAUCCUGAGUCCUGUUGAGCUUGCCGAGUUCGAUGGGACAAUUCCAGGGAGGCCCGUCUACAUUGCGAUCAAUGGCGAGGUGUAUGAUGUCACAGCCAGCAGACGCAAUUAUGGACGAGGGGGUAAUUACCAUAAUUUCGCCGGUGUUGAUGCUACCCGGGCAUUUGCAACACAAUGUCUGAAAGGUCAUCGGACUCACGACCUCAGAGGUUUAACCGAUGCUCAACUUCGCUCUAGAGAUCACUGGAUAAAGUACUUCAAAGAGAAUCCGAAGUAUCCGAGAGUUGGAGUUGUAUUCAACAAACCAAUCAACCCGAGCUUGCCUCUUCCCGGGCCAUGCGGACAGGAAGAACCCCUUCUGCCCGUUGCAGGACCGAACCCCAACCCGUCACUCAAUGAGGGUCAUUCUGCUGCUAAGAAAUUGACCAAAGAAUUAUAGCUGGAUGGGGUGAUGCUUUCACCAACACUUUUUGAAUUAUUAGCUGUGGCAGCGCUAGUUAAAUUAUAGUUCAGGACUUUGACAAGACAGCACGCUUUUUCAAUGGCCUCCGGGCGUGGACUACGCGCAAUGAUUAAGCAUGCCAUGUCGAGUUCCAACAGAUCAGGUUGUAGAAUGCGGCGCUCUUAGUUGGGACAUUGAUGCGUGAGAUCCUGUUACCGGGCGGAGCGUCUGUGCGUUUGGCAAGGCAGGCAUCGUGAAGAAAACACAUUGUUGCGAUUGAUAGGAGAUAACAUAGGAAUUUGUU